CCGAAAGAGCCAUCUGGAAGAAUUUCGACCACCGGCCCUCAAGACAACCGAUAAAAAUGAGAUCGUCCAUCGCACUACCAUGCUGCUGCACUCUUUUGCUCUUCUUUGCCGUCUCCCAAGGUGAAGACAUUCCAUCCCACGCUCCUAAGUUAAAAAGAGAGGUGAGACCUUUUGAAUUUCCGAGGGUCGGACGUUCAAAGAACUUCCCGGUUACUUGGGGACUCCAAGAAGACAGUAACGAAGAGUACAAAAGGGAAGGAGGACUCAUCCCUUUUCCCCGUAUCGGAAGAUCUGGCCCUAAGAGGAACGGCGGGAACGGCAAUGGAGGCCUUUGGUUCGGACCUCGUUUGGGAAAGAUUCAAAAACGUUUUCCAACCAACUACGAAAACAUUCCAGAUUACACAUCUGAUGAAGAGAAUGAAGAGUCUUUUCUUCUGAAAAAGCUGAAAGCUGGUGAAGAUUAUUUAACAUUCCAGUCCGAUUCCAAAAUUGAACCCUAGACAAUUUAAAGAAAGUUUAUUUUAAAAUGUCAUGUAAUAGAUAUUAAUUUUUUUAAACUUGAUUUGUUUCUAUUAUGAAAAUAGCGAUUUACUGUAAAUAUCCAAUGUCCAUAACACUUUUGUUCAUUGUGUAAUAAACAUUACAAAUACAGUAAUAAUAGAGCUAAUAACGAUGUCUGUUUCAUCAAUGUCUCUUACAAUCUGGAAUUGUCUGUUACUAUUACAACGGCAUUAAAUAAACAUCUUGAAAGUAACAUCUGUUGUAUUAACCCGAUAAUUUAUUGUUAUUUAUAUGUAUUAAUAAAUUAAUUUUCAAUUAUAAAUUGACGUUUUUGAGAUAGUUGUACAAGUCUUCAUAUUAUUUGUGUAACCUUGUCUUGAAGUUUUACAUUAAUUAUUAUGAAAGUAUAAACACUCCAUGUAAUCCUUCCCAUACCUUGUAGGAACAAAAAUAAAUAUGAAAUGUACCAUCA